CCCCACCUCUCUGUUCCUCCAUCUCCAUCCUCUCUCUCUCUGUCGCCUUUCCCUCUCUCCUUUCUCUACAUUUCUUGCCAAAUUUUCUUUCGCUUUCUCUCUUGCCAAACAAAACAAUGUUGAGGGAUGAUUUGUACAUAACGGUGCCUAGUUUCUUCCGAUGUCCGAUAUCACUUGACGUGAUGAAAUCACCCGUUAGCCUGUGCACCGGAGUCACCUACGAUCGUGCUAGUAUCCAGAAGUGGCUUGACAAUGGGAACAACACUUGCCCCGCCACCAUGCAAGUGCUUCAGAGCAAAGAAUUCGUCCCCAACCACACCUUACAACGCCUCAUUCAGAUCUGGUCUGACUCGGUACAGCAGCAGCACAGUCACCGAGUUGACUCAUCAGCUAACUCACUUCCAUCACAAGACGAAAUCAAGAGCAUAGUCAAAGACAUUGAAACGAAAAAAGAACGGGAUCGCUGUUGUUCCGAUGCUUUUUCAAAAAUUUUGUGUUUCGCUGAAGAAUCAGAGGAGAAUCGGGAAUUUCUAGCCAAAUUGGAAGGAUUCGUGUCAAUGCUUGUUGGUUUUCUUGGCGAUAUGAGAAAUAUUGACUUCAUUGAGCAAAUAGUUAGGCUUCUGGAUUUGAUCUUAAUAAAAAUCGUCAACCAUCAACAGUUAAUGACAUUGCUCUUGAAGAACAACAAUGUCGAUUCCUUAUCUUCGCUCCUUCUCGUUCUACAACGAGGAAGAAGCGCGCACUCGAGAAUUGGAUCGGUGAGAAUUCUAGAAUCAAUCGCCAUAGAUGCAGAAUCAAAGCUUUUAAUUGCUGAAAAGGAUGGUUUAUUAUCCGAAUUAGUAAAAUUGAUCGGUUUAGAAACCGAUCCAAGCCUGAUCGAAGCGAGCUUGUCAUGUCUAAACGCGAUUUCAAAAUCGAAACGCGUUAAAGUAAAGCUAGUCCAUCUCAAAACAAUUCCUGAACUGAGAAACAUAUUAACUGCAGAAUCCAACACCGGAGUUUCAAACACAAUCACCGAGAAGGCAUUGAACCUGCUAGAAACGGUGUCGUCCUGCAAAGAAGGGAGAGAGGAGAUGUGCAGUGACAUGGCGUGCAUAGAAGCAGUGGUACAGAAGGUGUUGAAAGUAUCAGUCCAGGCAACAGAGCACGCGGUGACAAUUCUAUGGAGCGUGUGUUGUUUGUUCAGGGAUGGGAAGGCAAGGGAGGCAGUGACUAAGAGCAACGGUCUGGCGAAGAUUUUGCUGCUGAUGCAGAGUAAUUGCUCGCCGGCGGUGAGGCAUAUGUCGACGGACUUGUUGAAAAUUUUUAGGGUGAACUCCAAAUCUUGCCUUUCCAGUUAUGAUACUAAGACUACUCAUAUUAUGCCUUUUUGAUUCAAAGUUCGUGCAAUACAUAUGUCAUGAGAUGGGAUAUAUGCCGAUUAACUUUUUCUUUUUC